CGCCAUUUAAACUUUUCUCUAAAAGUCGGCGGCGAUGUUAAUUGAAAGAGUAAAAAGUUUAUUUGCCAAAAAGGAUGAAAAUGCAUAAGGAGCACGAUAUACACCUCAAAUUGGGAGAUUCAACUGCGAACCACAGAAAUGCUUCAAAAGAUAAUGAACAUCGCAAUAUGCUGCGCAGUCUUGAUUUGGGGAUUUCAUCCCAUUGAGAGUUCAAGACCGGUAGAAAACACUCCAUUAUACACACAUGGAAUAUUGUAUGAAAAAUUAAAAAAUGUAAAAUUUCAGUUAGGUGAAUGGAUGUUCCAUUCUUCACAAAACCUCGAUAUUUUAACAAAAGAAAUUCGCGUGGUUGAAAUUCUUUCUAAUUAUAUUAACGAGUCAUGUUCCAAGUUGGAUACAGAUUUUGGGAUUGAUUGUUUACAAAUAUUGGCAGAAAUAAACUAUGAAGUAAAAAAUCUAGACGAUAUAAAAGAGAUAAUCGAUGCUCAAUGUAAAACAGUUACUUCCUCCCGUACCAAACGGCAGAUUAAUUUUAUUGGUCAUAUAUUUAAAGAAAUCGCUGGAGUAAUGGACAGCGACGACUCCAAAAGAGUAGAUAAUGACCUGAUAAAAAUUAAAAAUAACGAACAACAAUUGAUGGGUCAAUUACAUAAACAAACAAUCGCAAUCGAUUCAAUGUUUGAACUUACCAAUCAAACAAUUUAUAAUGUACAAGACAAACUCUUGAAUUUCUCACUAGCUAUUGAUUCCAUCAACAAACAAAAAAGUGAAGAAGGUGCAAAAUAUUUGGCUAGAAAUCAUUUGAACACACUAAUUGGUGAACUGAAUUUGAUUUUGACACAUGUGAUCAGAAGAAAAGAUUUGAUUACACAACUGAUGCAAACAGGAGACAUAAAUUUAACUCCAGAACUUGUGACUCCAACUCUUUUCCUGAGUGAAUUGGAAAAAGCCAGUAAACAAUUACCAAGUGGUUACAGAUUCCCUGUGCAACCGAAUCUUAAAAAUAUAAUGAUGUUUUAUAAAUUGAGUAAAACUACGUCAAUACUUAAUGAUUGUGAAAUAAAUGUAAACAUAAUUACUCCAAUUGUAAGUAAUAUUCUUUUUGAAGCUCAUAAAGGCACAACAGUACCAAUUAUAAAAGACAAUAAAAUUCUAAUCGUUCCAUUAGAGAAUGAUGUAAUUUUAAAAUCUCAUAACAAUAGUGUGUCUACAACAAUGAAAUAUUCAGAAUAUGAUUCAUGCAUGUCUGUGCAAGAUUUUAAAUUAUGCCAAACAACUCAUAAAUUUCAUAACGGUAAUAUAACUGGUGACUGUUUAUCAGAAAUGUUUUUAAAUAAAACCUCAAAUUCAUGCAUAUAUCAACCUCUUACUUUAAAUCAUCAGCUAUGGUUGCAAACCGCUGAUAAAAACAUGUGGGUUUAUGCAGUCCCGAACUCAACAACCAUAAAUAUAUUGCAAAAUGGAAAAUUGUCCCAUACAGAACUUUCAGGAGUUGGAAAAUUACGAAUAACAGAGCCAUGCUUAAUUUAUUUCAAUACAAUAUAUCUCCAUUAUUAUACAAAGGGAUCAACAGACUUUGAAUUUGAAAUUCAAAAGAUAGAUUUUCCUCAUAUCCAACAAGAAACUUCAAUAAUAAAAGAGAAAAUUCCGAACACUAUCAAACAUAAUGUUAUACCUAUCAUUAAUGAAAAAUCUUUAUUUGAUGAAAUUAACAAUCUAAAAGCUAUGAAUUCUGGAAAAAUUCAAUUAAUGGAUAUUGAAUUAGAAAAACAUUCAAUUUCAUUCUGGAAAAUAUUCCUCGUACUUAUAUCAAUUUCAAUUAUAUCUUGGUUGAUUAUUAAGUUAUAUAAAUUUCUGAAAACUAAAUUUGCAAAAGGAAACAACAAUAUGACAUCACGUCGCCAAAGGUCUCCACCACAUCCAUCGGCUCCUUUUCAACAAUCAGAACCUUUACGGAUUAUCUAUUCAACAAAUAAUGAAGAAGAAAAUGAAGGUGUUUUGUUCUUAAAUAAUAAAAGAUUACCUAUAGCCAAGAAACAAAUGUUAGGGCAAAUUUCAUUUUAAAACAUAAACUAUAUACAAGACAAACAUUUUUUUUUUAAUGAUUUAAAUAUUAAUUAAGAAUAAAAUAAUAAGUUGGUAACAGUAUCAAAAGGACAAGAAAAAGUUUCCAUUAUCCCAAAAAUAUAAUAAAAACUUUUUUUUUUAGUGGGAUAGUAAUGUGGCCAAUGAUAUUACGUAUGCAUUAACAUAAGGUUCGUGCACCAUUGGUAAUAAACAUAAACCUAUGCUAAUGGAAAGCUAGUCUAGGCGUAGAUAAACUCAUGCGGAAACACAAAACAUGUAUGUCAACAUAUUCAAUAAACAAAUAUGUAAAUUAACAUAAGGCGCGUGCAUA